AGAGAAUAGAUAGAAAGAGAGAGAGGAGAGAGAGAGAGAGAGAGAGGUGGUCUGCCAUGGCGUUCACAACCGCUCUAUCGCUGCCCUCCGCUGCCCGCCUCCACCACCGCCUUCCGAACCGAUCUUCUCUGAGCCUACCACGUACAAUUCGAUGCUCUUCUCCUUCAAUUUCAGUCUCACCGUCAAAAUCAAUGCAGUUCGAUCUCCGUUCCUACUGGACCACCCUGAUUUCAGAGAUCAACACCAAGCUCGAGGAAGCCAUUCCGGUGAAGUAUCCGCAACAGAUCUACGAAGCCAUGCGCUACUCCGUGCUAGCAAAAGGCGCGAAGCGAGCUCCCCCGGUGAUGUGCGUCGCCGUCUGUGAGCUUUUCGGCGGCGACCGCCUUGCUGCCUUUCCGACCGCCUGUGCCCUAGAAAUGGUUCACGCGGCUUCACUGAUUCACGACGACCUUCCCUGCAUGGACGAUGACCCCUCCCGGCGGGGCCAGCCCUCGAGCCACACCGUCUACGGCGUCGACAUGGCCAUUCUCGCCGGCGACGCCCUCUUCCCCCUCGGAUUCCGCCACAUCGUCUCCCACACCCCUUCCCACCUCGUCCCAGAGGGCCAGCUCAUCCGCGUCAUCGCGGAAAUCGCCCGCUCCGUCGGCUCCACCGGCAUGGCCGCCGGCCAGUUCCUCGACCUCGAGGGCGCCCCCAACUCCGUCGACUUCGUCCAGCGCAAGAAGUUCGGCGAGAUGGCUGAGUGCUCCGCUGUUUGUGGCGGGUUCCUGGGCGGCGCCGCCGACGAUGACAUCCUACGCCUUAGGAGAUACGGCCGAGCUGUCGGGAUGUUGUACCAGGUGGUGGACGAUGUGCUGAAAGCGAAGACGAAGAGUGAGGAAGACGAAGAGAAGAAAAAGAAAGGGAAGAGCUAUGUGGACGUGUACGGUAUGGAGAAGGCCAUGGAAGUGGCGGAGGAGCUUCGAGCCAAGGCGAAGAGAGAGUUGAGUGGAUUCGACAAGUAUGGCGACAGCGUCGUUCCGCUUUACAGCUUUGUGGACUUCGCCGCGGAAAGAGGCUUUACCAUCGAUACUUCUGUCUGAUGUGUAUCCAAUUGGUUCGCCAUUCCAUUCGGAUAAGAUUUUUUUUUUUUUUUUUUGUCACACUUUUGUGGUAAUAGAUAUUACCAUGAAAAAAUUACAACUAUUGAAUAAGUUGGGGAAGUGUGUUAGGACAAGAUUUAUGAACUUUAAUAAGAGUCUUUUAUCAGAUUUAAAAA